GCACGUUAUACUAAAAUGAAAAACUGAAAACACCGCGAGCUCCGCGGAUGAUGGGAAAGAAAGACAAGAGAGAUAGGGCCAGGGAAGAAAGAAGGGCAGCAAAGAGAGUCAAAAUUGAGGAAGAGGAAGACGAAGAAACAACAGAGACAGAACCAACCACAGAGGAAAUCCCGGAUGCUGCGACUCGCUCUGUGGAUGACACAGGGAAGGAGGAUGAAUUUGGUGCCAAAGAUUACAGAACAGAACUAGCUCUGAAACCAGACCACAACUCCAGACCACUGUUUGUGGCUCCUAAUGGUCACAUAUUUCUGGAGUCCUUUUCACCUGUCUACAAACAUGCACAUGAUUUCUUAAUUGCCAUUUCAGAGCCGGUGUGUCGCCCUGAAUUUAUCCACGAGUACAAGCUGACGGCGUACUCGCUGUAUGCCGCCGUUUCUGUCGGCCUGGAGACCAAUGACAUCAUUGAGUACCUGAGACGUCUAUGUAAAACAUCACUACCCAAGGGUAUUGAGGAGUUCAUCAAGCUGUGUACACUGAGUUAUGGGAAGGUGAAACUGGUUCUGAAGCACAACAAAUACUACGUGGAGAGUCAGCACGCGGAUGUGAUCCAGGUUCUGCUCAAGGACCCAGUCAUACAGGAAUGUAGAUUCCGUCCCGAGGAAACAGAGCUCCUCACUGGACAGGUGUCCUCAAAGUCUGCAUUACACUUGUCCAAACCUGGCCCUAGUACCACCACAGAGGGUGAGCCCAAACAGGAGGGGGAGGCGACUGGAGAGGAAGUGCCGGACGAUAUCUAUGCAUACUACGACAAGAUGGACAAAGAGGAAGACGAGGAGGAGGACACCAAAACCGUGUCAUUCGAGGUCAAACAGGAGAAAAUUGAGGUCAUACAGAAAAGAUGUAUAGAGUUGGAGUAUCCAUUGUUGGCCGAAUAUGACUUCAAAAAUGACACAGUCAACCCAGACAUCAACAUUGACCUGAAGCCGUCCACCGUACUGAGACCGUACCAGGAGAAGAGUCUGAGGAAGAUGUUUGGGAACGGCAGGGCUCGCUCCGGGGUCAUUGUCCUUCCCUGCGGUGCGGGUAAGACUCUGGUGGGGGUAACUGCAGCCUGUACAGUCAGGAAACGGGCCAUCUGUCUGGCCACCUCAGGUGUGGCCGUGGAGCAGUGGAAGCAACAGUUUAAGAUGUGGUCCACUGCAGAUGACAGCAUUAUCUGCAGAUUUACAUCUGAUGCUAAGGACAAACCUAUAGGGUCAUCCAUUCUGAUCAGCACAUACUCUAUGUUGGCUCAUUCAACCAAACGUUCGUGGGAGGCAGAGAAAGUCAUGGAGUGGAUGCAGAGUCAGGAAUGGGGGAUCAUGAUUCUUGAUGAGGUACAGACCAUACCAGCCAAGAUGUUUCGGCGGGUCCUGACCAUUGUAAAUGCCCACUGUAAGCUGGGACUGACCGCCACACUGGUGCGAGAGGACGACAAGAUCGCUGACCUUAAUUUCCUGAUUGGUCCAAAGCUGUACGAGGCGAAUUGGAUGGAGCUACAGAACAACGGUUACAUUGCCAGGGUGCAGUGUGCAGAGGUAUGGUGCCCCAUGGCUCCAGAGUUUUACAGGGAGUACCUCAAUACAAAGUCUCAGAAAAAACUGUUGUUGGCCGUUGUGAAUCCCAACAAGUUCCGAGCUUGUCAGUUUCUGAUACGAUAUCACGAAAGGCGCAACGAUAAAAUCAUUGUGUUUUCUGACAAUGUGUUUGCCUUGAAAAGCUAUGCGAUCAAACUAAACAAGCCCUACUUGUAUGGACCGACUUCUCAAGGGGAGAGAAUGCAGAUAUUGCAGAACUUUGUCCACAAUCCUAAAGUCAACACCAUCUUUGUCUCCAAGGUGGCUGACACUUCCUUUGAUCUCCCCGAGGCUAAUGUCCUGAUCCAGAUAUCCGCCCAUGGAGGAUCUCGCAGACAAGAGGCUCAAAGAAUGGGUCGAAUUCUCAGGGCCAAGAAAGGAGCUGUAGCUGAGGAAUACAAUGCCUUCUUUUACUCGCUGGUCUCACAGGACACGAUGGAGAUGCACUUCUCCCUAAAGAGACAGAGGUUUCUGGUGAAUCAGGGCUAUGCCUACAAAGUCAUCACAAAGCUGGCCGGGAUGGAGGAGGAGACCCUGGGAUACAGCACCAAGGAGGAGCAGGCCAAGCUAUUACAGGCAGUGUGUGCUGCCACUGAGCAGGACGCGGAGGAGGAGAGGGUCAUAGGGGAGGGAGGAUUCAUGGUGAGCAGGAAGGUUGGCAGUAUGAGUUCUAUGUCUGGAGCAGACGACAACCUCUACAUGGAAUUCCGCGGGAAGAAAGGGAUGGUGGCCAGUGGACAUGCUCAUCCACUGUUUAAACGAUUCCGAAAAAUCUGAAGAAACAGCCUCGAAUUGAAAGGCUACAUUCAUAGACAAUUCAGUGGAUUUUAAAGACAUUGGUGUGAACUUAAUGGAUACAACUUUUAAGUUGAAUCAGGUGCUCAGAAAGAUGAAACUUCUGUUGUCAUUACGUUGUUCUAUGAAAGAAACAGAUUCAAUAUCAGUGCUGCUGUCUCUGGCAUUGGAAUGAGGAAUCAUUGUUUGAAUGAUAAUCUUUUAUCAUACGUUGUGAAUGUACAUGUACAUGAACUUUGUACUUGUUGAAAAAAAAAUUCAAUAAAUUGGAGUCAAAAUGUU